AUGCGACUAGUCGAUGCAUUUCGAAUAUUUUCUCAUUUUUCAGAAUCUGAUGAUGAAAACGAUGAGAAAGAAUUAAAAUAUGGUGCACAACAUGUAAUUCAUUUAUUUGUUCCAGUCUCAAUUUGUAUGGCUUUUGUAAUUCUAACAAUGAAUACUGUUGGAUAUUACAGUCGCAAAGAUGGACAAUAUUUGAUUUAUACUCCAUUCACCAAAGAAACUGAUAGUGCUGGGGAGCGAUUAAUUAUGUCUUUCGGAAAUGCUUUUGUUGUCCUUGGUGUGGUUGUGAUUAUGACUAUUGUUCUGAUUUUAUUAUAUAAAUUCAGAUGGUAUAAGGUGAUUCAAGGCUGGUUAACUCUGAGCAGUUUGAUAUUAUUAUCACUGUUUACAUCAAUGUAUCUUCAGGAAUUAUUCAAAAGUUGGAACAUAUCAGUUGAUUAUAUUACGAUUUUUUUUAUUGUAUGGAAUUAUGGUGUGAUGGGAAUGAUAUGUAUUCACUGGAAAGGACCUCUUCGUUUGCAGCAGGGAUAUUUGAUAAUGAUGUCUGCUCUUAUGGCGCUUACAUUUAUUAAAUAUUUACCUGAGUGGACUGUUUGGACAGUUUUAGCCGUGAUUUCUUUGUGGGAUUUGGUAGCCGUUUUAUGUCCUAAAGGACCACUGAGGAUUUUGGUGGAAACUGCCCAAGAACGUAAUGAACCCAUUUUCCCUGCUCUUAUUUACUCAUGUGAGUUUUACUGA